AUGAGUUCCUCCACUACUAUUGAUAUAUUAAAAAUAAAACCGGUAUCCAAACUGUUUGAACCGAUAACCAUUAGGGGGACGACAUUCAAAAAUCGUAUCGGCGUAUCACCGAUGGGUAUGUGCUCAACACGUGGUGACGGUAUACCCCAUGAGUUUCAUUUGGCUCAUUACGGAUCGUUUGCUAUCGGCGGUGCCGGUCUAGUAGUAUGUGAGGGAACGGCAGUCGAACCCCGGGGACGGGUAACAACUGGUUGCCCGGGACUAUGGACUGACCAGCAAAUCGAGCCCUGGUCUAAGAUAGUGACUGUCCUCAGGGGACAGGGAUGUGUAGCCGGUAUACAGCUGGCACACGCUGGCCGUAAAGCGGGUACUUAUGUCGGUAAUAGUCGAUCGUUAAGCGAUUCGGAUGGCGGUUGGGAUACAAUAGCUCCCAGUGCUCUCCGAUUCAGUGAUGUUAUGAAAAUACCCAAAGAGGCAACUGUUGAUGAUAUUGAUAUAAUAGUCAACAGUUUGGUAACGGCAGCUCAGAGAGCUAUUAGUGCCGGUUUUCAGUUAAUUGAACUACAUUAUGCCCAUGGCUAUUUUGUCAACUCAUUUCUAUCGGCGGCAACCAAUCGACGCCAAGAUAGAUACGGCGGAUCACUGGCCAAUCGGAUGCGUUUGGGUUUGGAAAUUGCCGACAAAGUACGCCGGGCUAUACCCGCCGAUACUGUACUGGCCGUUCGUAUAUCGUUUACCGAUUAUGUUGUCGACGACAACAACGGUUGGGAUAUCCAACAGUCGGUAGAGUUGGCCAAACAGCUCAAAGCACUGGGAGUUGAUUUGAUUGAUGUCAGUUCCGGUGGUGUUGUAUCGGGUAUUGGCUAUGAAUUCCUCAAUACAUCCAAACAACAACAUUCGGCAGCGGCUGUCAUACAACUAGAGGCCGGUAUCCCGACGGCAGCUGUCGGUAAAAUUCGUGAUCCAUUGAUGGCCGAAAAACUACUUCGGGAUAACUGUUCAACAUUUGUGUUCAUCGGUAGGGCGUUCCUCAAUGACCCGCACUGGCCGUACAGAGCCAGCGAUCAACUCAAGGACAGGUCAUUCAAUUAUCCCAAACCGUAUGACUGGUGUAUCGGUUGGACAGCGUAUAUGAAAUGGCGUAGAGAUUUAGAUUCAAAUCAAUAA